AUGGAGAAGUCUAAGCUCGAGGUGAUCCAGGAUGACAUUCUGGCCGUAAAGCACGCUUUGGCGAACAACAUCGCGUAUGAAGGUCUCCAAGGUGAUCAACUCAAAACGGUGCUAUCGACCCUCUUCAGCCAGAGAGCGCAACAAACGACAGAGGCGGCUACCGCACCUACCAGCGGUGGUAGUGGCGGUGGCGAAACUGCAAGCUUCGCCGCUGCUGGUGGUCCCCAAGGCAAUGGCCCUACCAACAUGUCACGAGUUCCUGUCAACGGUUCUCGGGCGAAGGCUGUGUCAGCCAAGAAGAGCUCGAAGAAGCCCGCCAACAUUACAACACCGGCCACCACAAGCGAGCCAGCUAAUGGCAGCACGCCGGCAGCGGCCAGCAGAGACACUCAGCAGACGAAAGAGGUAGCAGACGAAGAAACCGCCCCCGCGAAGCAGGCCCCGCCGCCGAAGAGCAAGUCACCCAAGCGGCAGCAUAACCCCGCUCCGCGGCCUGCGCAGGGGAAGAAGCAGGCCAGUACCGCGGAGAAGCCGGUGGCGAAGAAGAGGAAGACGAGCUUCGGCGUCGUCUUGCGUGAGCUUCGGAAGAGUGUCAAGGUCGGAGAUUUCGUGUCUGUCUUGGGGGACGUGUCGCUGAGAGGCACCUGGGAGAAGGUGUGGGUCAAGGGCGAGGUCGUGCGCGAGAUGAACCGCAGCGGGAUCUUCCAAAUCGCGUUCGAUCAUGACCGGCAAGGCCAGAGGAGCGCCGUGAAGACGGAGCCAGGUAGCAACGGGGAGGACGAGAGGUGGGUCCACGAGCAGAGGCUGUCGAUCGAGCACCCGGACUUCUUCUGCGGCCAGGGAGACUCACCGCCGAUCGGCAUCGACAACUUGCGCCCGAAGGGAGCGUGGUACCUUCACCAGGGGCAGGGGAUAUCGCCGCCCGACAUGUGCAGUCGUACACCCCAUUUAAGCAAUGGUAGCGACAGCGGAGGUCACAGCAGCAGCAGCAGCAGCAGCCCGGCCACGGCUACGGCUACGGCUGCAGCGACAGCGCCGGUUCCGGAUCCCGUUGCGUGGAAUCAAUCCUCGCUCGGCUCGGACAGCGUACAUGGCGCCAACAGUGAGGCGGCUGCAGCGGGGCAAAGCGACCCUGCCGUAACUCCAGCAAGUGGCUUCCUUGACCUUUGA